AUUCGGGACUACUAAGCAAAGAGAAUGAAGUUACUAGUAGCUGUUGUACUGGCUGUUUUAGUGCCAUACUCUUAUUGCCAGGCUCCAUCUUUCUGUAAAGGAAACGAAUGUCCAAAAUAUGUUAAACUAAAUUCCACACAGGGAAACGCGUUCGAGACAAGACAAUAUGGUCCGUUAACAUGGGCUACGACCACUUAUUCAGGACCAUGGCAUUCUAAUGUAUUGGGACAAUUAUUUGGACGAUUAUUCCAAUAUAUACAAGGAAGUAACACUCUUAAGAAGAAAAUAUCGAUGACUGUACCAGUUGUUACCGAAGUGAAAUCAGCAGCCCAGGGCGGUACUCAAUAUAACAUGAAAUUUAUGAUUCCAACAGCUUCCAUGCAGAACAUUCCAAAACCCAUUGACUCAAAAGUGACUCUUAUAACUGAUCCAGCUUCUAUCUACUAUGUCAGGUCUUUCGGUGGAUUUGCCAAUGGUCAGAUAUACAUGUCAGAAUUACAAAAUUUAGUUAAUUCCAUCAACAGUCCUAAUAUAUAUGAUAACAAUAUGUUUUAUACCGCCACUUACGACAGUCCGUCUGAGAAAUACAACAGACAUAAUGAAGUUUGGUUAAGGAAACUUUAAAACCAUCAGUCAAGCAUUAUUUAAUUAUCCAGUCAAUUUCACGAAUUUUUGAAUAUUGAUAUUGUGUUUGUAAUAAAAUAUGGUUUUGGUUGUAACGUGUUAUUUUUGUUGAAACACUCUAGUGGUAUCAAUUGUUUACUGGCACAAAGUACCGAAUUCUACCUCUCAUCCACUGUAAGUUAUGUACCAUGUCCACCAACGAUUAACAGUUAUUGGAAACUUGACGUUAUUUCCAAAAUGGGGUCAUAAGAAUAUUGGUCAGCGUCAGUUUCAGUUGAAAAGCUAAAUUUUCGGUUUGGUUUGUUAAAAUAAAUGCUUUCAAAGAUAUAUUGACAGACGC